AUGAUGGAUCCGCCGAGCCCGGGGCGGCAUCUGCCCUGCGCCAACGUCGUGCUCUUCGCCAUGCAAAUCGCCAUCGUCAUUGGCGUCUACCUCUUCGCCCCCGCGGGCUCCUGGGCGCCCUCCAAGGCGCCAGGCUCGCACGUCGCGGCCUCCGGGGCCUCCGACAGCAGCGGCUCGCUCGCUCUCGUGCCCGCCGCCACGCCCUCCACACUGACGCCCAACAACCCGCUGGCCCCUCCGGCCUACGUGUUCUACAUCUGGGUGCCCAUCUACGUCUUCACGGGCAUCACCGUGGCCACCGACCGCUUCUACCCGGCCUACAGCUUCUACCUGACGUCGGACGACCCCAGCUUCCUCCGCCAAUGCUGGGUGCACAUGGCGACGUUCGCGUUCGGAGUGCUCUGGUGCACCGUGCUACCGCUCUACCUCUUCGUGGUGCGCCACCCUACGCCAAGAUAUUCGCAGGCCUGGAUCUACUACUUCUGCAGCGAGUUCUCGGUGCGACUCUACUUCGGAUGGCUCAGUGCCGACGUGAUCUUCGGGAUUGCCGAUGUGAUGCAGUAUCUGCACGGAGCCUACUUCGGGUUCAGCGUGUACGCGAUGCUGUUGGGGGCGCUGCUAGUGUUGGCGUUCGGCACCUACGUCCACGGCCGAGACCCCGUUGUAGGCCUGGUUGUGACGUGGGCGUUGGUUGGUCUUCUAUUUAAGCACACGACGUUCCCAGGGGAGACGCAGGAGGUCUUCGAAAAACUGCAGGCUGUCGCCAUUGUCGUCGCGCCCGUUUUCCCGAUUCUUGUGUUCAUCGACAGCGUCCGAUACGUCUACGUCGUCCAUUGGAAAAGUGCAAGGGUUCCAAGUGGUAGCGACGAGUACUACAAGCCAUUUGUAUUUGAGACGACGGCCGAGUAUGGGACGGUUUGA